AUGCGCUACCCCCGCUAUCUUCCCACCCUUCCAUCUUCACCCAACCCCUUCCACCCUCUCCAUUACGUCUCCGACCUCCACUCCCCAUCAACUACCUCUUCCACCGCACCCGACUCCGAAGACGCCGCCGCCGCCGCCGCCGCCGCCGCCGCAAUCCGUCUCCACUCAUGCUCCGAUCCCUUAGAGCUAUCCCAAAUCCACGCCUUCGUCCUCCGUCGCAAUCUGCUCCACCUCUCCUUCCACUGGAACUCACUCAUGCGUGGCUACCUUCGUCUCUCCAUCCCUUCCGCCUCUCUCCAACUCUUCCUUCACAUGACCCGCGCCGGCACAUACCCUGACCACUACUCCCUCCCCAUCGCCCUCAAAGCCGCUUUCACCUCCUUUUCUUUCUCCAUCGGCCACCAGCUCCACUCAGUCGCCAUUAAACACGGACUCUCCCGCCACCAAUUCUCCGAAAGCGCUCUCAUCUCGCUCUACACAAAAGCCGGCGACUUUAUCCCUGCAAAUCAACUGUUCGAGGAAAAUCCCCACCGAAAUCUCGGCUCCUGGAACGCCCUGAUCAACAGCUACGCCCAGGCCGGCCACUCCUCCAAAGCUCUCUCCCUCUUCACCCACCUCCGUCGAAUCGGUGAGAUCCCCGACGAGAUGACCUUGGUGAGCAUCGCCUCCGCCUGCGGAACUCUCGGCGACAUUCUGCUAGCCGAACAGAUCCAUGGCUGCGCCAUCCAAGCCCGAACGACGCUCGACACAAAGCUCUCCAAUUCACUCAUAGACAUGUACGCCAAGUGCGGUCGGACGGAUCUCGCCUUGAAGGUAUUCGACAGAAUGCCUGUACGAGACGUUUCCUCCUGGACGGCGAUGAUAAUGGGUUUAGCGACGCAGGGGAAUCCGACAUUCGCGCUGGAGCUUUUUCGUCGGAUGAAGGAAGAGGGCAGGGUGGCGGAAAACCAUGUGACGAUGGUGGCGGUGCUCUGCGCCUGCUCGAACGCCGGGCUAGUGGAGGAAGGAAUGAGGAACUUUGAGGCGAUCGUGGAAGGGAGAGUGAAGGGGGUGGAGGCCACGGAAUCGCACUAUGGGUGUGUGGCGGAUAUGUUGGGGAAGGUGGGGAGGGUGAGGGAGGCGGUGGAAAUGGUGGAGGGGAUGCGGUGGCCGGCGAGUGCGGUGGUUUGGGGGAGUUUGUUGGGGGCAUGUGAGAAGCAUGGGGAGGUGAGGAUUGGGGAGAAGGUGGCGGCGAAGUUGGUGGAGUUGGAGCCAUGGAAUGAUGGAGUUUAUGUGGUUUUAUCGAAUAUUUAUGCCGGAGAAGGGAUGUGGGAGGAGGUGGAGAGAGUGAGGAGAUUGAUGAGGGAUAGGAAGGUGGGGAAGAUUCCCGGCUAUAGUUUGCCGGAUAUUUCAUGA